GUUAAAAAAUCUCUCUAUCCUUUUGUAGGUGUCUUUAUGGAUGAUGAGGGGAUUUUGAAGGGUGACAAACUUAUAUUGAGAGGUCUGAAGUUUCAUGGAUUUCAUGGCGUAGAAGCAGAAGAGAGGAAGUUGGGCCAGAAGUUCUUGGUAGAUAUGGAUUCAUGGUUAGAUCUCCGAGCAGCAGGUAAAUCUGACGAGUUAACUGACACAGUCUCGUAUGCUGAAAUUUACAGCAUUGUUAAGGAAAUCGUGGAGGGACCUCCUCACAAACUUGUAGAGUCUCUGGCUCAGCUCAUUGCAUGCACCAUACUUGCAAAGUUCCCUCAGAUAUCUGCUGUCCGAGUGAAAGUUGGGAAACCUCAUGUUGCUGUUUAUGGCACUGUUGAUUAUUUGGGUGUCGAAAUUGUUCGAUACAGAAACAUUGAUGUAGAAAAAUGAGCUUCAUAGGUUUGGUUGGGAUAUUCAGUCAUUAUUAUUUCAAUGGUGCAACUUGGU